GCCUGCGGGGAGCAGAAAAAAAAAGGUUCAGUCCGGACGCCGGCGCUGUGAAGGGAUUGCUACGCUCCCACGGUCACUUGGCUGACGUGAGCCACUGGGGCGCGCACUGGGACGCGCACGGCGCCUCGCGCGAGCCGGGGCUGUGCCGCGUGCGCUGCGCUUCCUCCGGGUCCGUCGUGCGUGGUCCCCGCAGCUCGCAGCACCCGGUCCGCUGACGCGCGUAGCUGACGGCGAAGAAGGCAGAGGCCGCGCUCCGACCGCCGAGCACCCCAGUUUGAGCGCGAUGAGCCCCGAGCCGGCGCCUCCGGAGCCGCAGGGCAUGCGCCGCAGCCUCGAGGAGCCCUCGGCGGAGCCCCAGGGACAGGGCUCCGCGGCCUUCCUCGCGGGCGACUACGAGGUGGCGGCCGAGCUCUUCCGCUCGCUGCUGGCCGGCCUGGCGCAGCCGGAGCGCGGCCUGUGCUUACAGCUGGGAGAAGCGCUGGCCCGCGCAGGCCGCUUGCCCGAGGCCAUCGGCGCGUUCCGCGGCGCCGCGCUGCUCGGCCCCUUGCAGCCGGGAGAGCUAUCGGAGCUGGCGAGCGGCCUGGCGCGCGCCCUGGGCCUGCGCGAGAAACGGCCGCCUGUGGCCGUGAGGCCCAGCGGCUGCGCGUCUGGGGCCCUGGGGCCCGUGGCGCCGCGCGACCUGCUGGGCUGUCCGCGCUGCGGGCGGCUGCUCUACAAGCCGGUGACGUUGUCCAGCGGGCUCACGGUGUGCAAGCGCUGCGUGGAGCAGGUGCCGGCGCGGGCACAGGCCCGGCGUGUGAAUGUGAUGCUGAGCGGGCUGCUGGAGAGGUGCUUCCCUGCCGAGUGUCGCCUGCGCAGGCUGGCGUGCCAGGCGCGGGGACUGCAGCGCCAGCAGCAGCCCGAGGCCGCGCUGCUCAGGUGCCAGCAGGCCCUGGAUAUGGCCCCUGAUGACAACUCCUUGUUGCUGCUGCGAGCUGAGUUAUAUUUAACCAUGAAGAACUAUGAUCAAGCCCUGCAGGAUGCUGAAGCAGUUUGUCAGAGGGAACCUCUCCUGACCAAGGGGCACCAUAUAAAAGCCCAGAUUCUUUCUGGAUUGGGAAGAAGUAAAGAAGUCCUAAAGGAAUUUAUCUACUGCCUUGCUCUAAAUCCUGAGUGCAACUCGGCGAAGAAAGAAACGCAGAAGGUGAUAUGUGAAGUGUUCUUUUCAGCUUCAGAAGAUGAGCAUCAAACCUCAACAUCGUCCACUGAAACUGGACCAAAGGCCCUUUGUGAUGGCCAGACGAAUCCCCAGUAUCCUCUGGAAGAAGCAGGCGGUCACGCUAAUGCAGACAGUCCUCAGACUCCAUCUGAGAAGUCGGAUGCACCCGCGGACAUCAAUUCUUCGGUUUUAUAUUUUAUUCUGGGCCUCCACUGUGAAGAGGAUAAAAAGGCCCUGGAAGGCGUCAUCCCCGCGGCGCCCAGUGGCACCUUGAAGAGGCAGCUUCCCAGCGAUGCUGAAGACAAGGAGCUCGACGUGAAUACCCCUGAGAAGAUCCCCAAGAAAGAUGCAGAUUCCUCACCUCAGAGAAAUGCGAACUCUCUAGAAGAAGAACCAGAGUUCACAAUUGACGCGACUGACUUUGAGUGUGCAUUGUGCAUGAGGCUGCUCUUUGAGCCUGUCACCACACCCUGCGGACAUACAUUUUGCCUCAAAUGCCUGGAGCGCUGCCUGGACCAUGCCCCUCACUGUCCGCUGUGCAAAGACAAGCUUUCAGAGUUGUUGGCAACCAGAAAUUUUAAUGUAACUGUUCUGACUGAAGAAUUGAUACUCCGAUACUUAUCUGAUGAAUUAUCUGACAGAAAGAGGGUCUAUGAUGAAGAGAUGUCAGAACUAUCCAAUCUGACCAGAGACGUGCCCAUCUUCGUGUGUGCCAUGGCCUUCCCCACAGUCCCCUGCCCUCUCCACGUGUUCGAGCCCCGCUACCGGCUCAUGAUAAGGAGAUGCAUGGAAACUGGCACUAAGCGAUUUGGCAUGUGUUUAUCUGCGGAGAACGCAGGGAUUUCAGAGUAUGGCUGCAUGCUGGAGAUAAAGGAUGUCAGGACUUUCCCUGACGGAAGCUCUGUCGUGGAUGCAGUUGGGAUUAGCCGCUUCAGGGUCCUGAGCCACCGCCACCGAGACGGCUACAACACAGCGGACAUCGAGUACCUGGAGGACGAGAAGGUGGAAGGUGCAGAGUUUGAAGAACUUACCGCUCUCCACGAGUCUGUUUACCAGCAGUCUGUUUCCUGGUUUGCAUCACUCCAGGAGCACAUGAAGAAACAAAUUCUAAGCCAUUUCGGGUCGAUGCCAGAGAGGGAGCCAGAGCCACAGAGCAAUUCUAGUGGCCCUGCCUGGUCCUGGUGGAUUCUGGCCGUGUUGCCCUUGGAACGCAAGGCUCAGCUGGCCAUUCUGGGCAUGGCCUCCCUGAAAGAGCGCCUUCUCGCCAUUCGGCGGAUAUUAGUCAUCAUUACACGUAAGCUGAAUAGUCGCCAAGAGACGGCUAACAACACACAGAGAGAUAAUUGAUUUUCCUCUAGAUUAAGGUUGCCGGAAGCCCCCUGUGUUUUUAAGUUCCAGACACUGACAAAUACCCAUCCUCUUCGGCGCACUUUGUAAACUCUUGUCAAUGUGGUGGUAAGUGGGACAUUUGCCAAAUACCGAUUUUCUCACACAUAAGAAGUCUACCGGCUGGACUCUGACACCGUGCAAAAUUCGCCUGAAGUUCAUGUGGAAGGUACAGGUGAGAAAUCCUUGAAAAUCUCUUCAAAGCAGAUGCUUCGAGAUGACAGCUCACAUCCUCAUGGGACGCAGACAUGGUUGACAUGUGACUUCAGUGUCAAAGGUGAUUGCAUUCCUAGCCAGUAUCUUGACAGGAUAGGUUGAAAAUGUGAAUACCAGUGGUUAGACAGUGAGUGGAAACAGACAUAUUAAGAUAUAUGCAAGUCAAAACUGGACUUGGCUUCUGUGUGUCACUGUGAACUUGUUUGCAAAGUUAAUGAACUGAAUCACUACCCAGUCCAUACCGAAGAAGUAAGUUAUUACUGGGUAGAGCCGUGUUUGUGUUUUGUGUCCUGCUGUAACCCCGGGUGUUGUAAAUUGCAUGUUGUAAUUAAAUGAAUGUAAAACUACAAGAAGAUGUAUCCUACAUAUAGAAAAGUCUGAGGAUUGCCAGUAUUUUGAGAGUAUAUAUUCAUAAACACUUCAGAAGAAGGGUAGUCAAAAGUGAGUUAGAGACGUAUGUCCAUUGGGAUGUCAAACAUACAGCCAAACGCAUUGUAAACAGAGUUUUAUCUUCAUUCAACUGGGAAAUUUCCAUCAGAUAAUGAUAGCUGUGACUCCCGACCUCCAGUGCAUGUUGGGAAUAUCACUGCAGCUGGUGCAGGCAGCCUGCUGCUUGGUCUGUAAGAUAAGCAUCCCGACUGACAAGACCCUGCUGAGAAAAUCUCAGUGGCACAUUCUGCUUUCUUCAUUCAAGGUGUGUGGGUUUAAUUUAAAUGUAUAUUUUAUGAUACAAAAUGUGGAUGGCUUAUCAACCCAUCAGGCAUUUUAUUAGAAAGCCGUAUGAUCACAGCGAUGUUGAUUUUAUUGUUCUUCUCAGUAGCGGAAACUCAGCUUCAGCAUGGGACUUAGAAUAAAAACACCCACCUCAUUUACUAUGACUCUUUGACAUCUCCCUUGAGAGGGGCUUAAAGCCCUUUUGAACAAGCCAUUCCACGCAUUAAGAGUUCACCUCUAUUUGGCAUUUAUGACAUUAUCUGGCCACUUAAAACCGUAACUCUUGUGACAGAAAUCCUUGACUAGAAUUUGCUCACGGCAGCCAAUAGGUGUUGAUUUAUUCUUUUUCUUUUUCAGAAAAAAAGUAGGAAUUAGUAUUGUUACUGUUUCUGUUUGGAAGUGUCUAUCGAGUGUGACCGUAACUUCUCCAAGACUCUUUUGGAAGUUCGGUGUCUGUGCUGAGUUCGUGUUGGGAAGGUUUUGCUUCUACCUGCUGACGUGUUAGCCUUUAUAACUUACUGAGUUCAGAACCAUUACGCUGUUCUUCCUGGUUCUGUCCACCUCUUUAUUCCUCUCAUCUUCAGUGUUCUUGUGUAAGAGCCUCCACGGCAGUGAUGCAAAGGAGAACGACAGAAGUUUUUGGGAUUCAGUGCCAAAGAUAAUGUGGCAUGGUUGUCACUUGCUCUUUACACAUUGAACUGUGCGUAGCAGACCCGUACUCACCAGGUCCUUCUAGGGGAAUCAUGGUUACGGCACAAUCUCAGUAGCACAAAAGAUAAAGUAUCACCAUUGCCCCCAACCAAGGUAGGGGCCUUCUCUCCGAACCAGGAACGAUGAAUACCAAUGAGAAAGAAAUUUGCUGUUCCAGACAAGCAAGAGGCUCAUCGCCUAGGCUCUGUGGGAAGAGUUACGUCAGGCUAGGAGUGCAGCUGAGUCUCAGCUUCUAGUGUACGGGCUUCAGUUUUAACAAUGACAGAUGGUAAUAGCAUCAGAGGGCAGAAAAGACCUGCACAACCCACCAAGCCCUUUCUGGAUGGACAUCAUGCUUCAUGUGCAAAGCCCCGUUUCCAGAAUUACAGACAACUCCAGAGCUCCUGUGCGAGCUGGGCAGCUGUGUAAAAAGCCUCUGGAUACAUUGUUACCCUAUAACAAGCUGCAGCAAGCUCUUUGGUCUGACCCAACUAAGUAUUUAGUUUCGUUCUCAAUGGUUAUGAGUAGCAGGAUUUAGUACAUUUCCUUAGUUUGUACGAAGAUUAAAAGGAGACAGAGGAUUUCCAAAGAUGCUGUGUUUGACUGGAAUGCAGCAGACAGGGUUUCCACAGACUGUAAAACCCAGGAAAAGCCCAUUCCCUAAACCUGAUGCAACCUCUGUGGCUGUUCCUGCUUCUUUCUAAUGAGGACAUCCCCUAAUUCCGUAUCAAGGCCAGUGCACGGUGCACAGUGCUCCCUGCUCCACACUCACUCACAGCCUAAAAGCUUCUGUUCCCUGUUGUUUAUGCCUAGUGUGCUUUGCAGCUGAGUAGCUGGGGCUGAGCAAAGUCAGCUUCAUCUGGCCCAGGCUGUGAGCCCGCCUUCAAGGCCAAGGCUCCUAGUGAGUUCUUACAAGAGCAGGGUCUUAAAGGACUGAACAUGUCCUAUCCCACAAAAUCCAAAAGGACAUUUAUCUUUUGUUAUAGGCCAGAGAAAACUCAAAGAGAUUUUAAUUCUCUUAGGUGAGAUGGCCAUCUCAUGGCCCCUCAUUGGUGUGUUUUUUUCUUUUCCCCCUUCAACCCUGAGGCUUUUCCAUUGGGACCUAUUGGAGUUGUGUAAAUCACGCUGUGUGGUAAUCUGAGUCGUUUUCAGAGCCCUCUUCAUGGGAAGAACAUAGCAACAGAGCAGCUGCACACUGGAAUCACAGAGAAGCCAGGCCCCACUGCAGUGCCCGAGAUGCGGCUCUAGUAGACCUCUGGGCCAUGGUCCGGGUGUGCUGGUGGCUUUUCCAAGUAAAGGCAAAGACUUGCUCUGUGUGGAUGUUUAAAUGAAAAGUGCACACACACACACA